AUGAGGCAAGUACGAGCGAAUGGAGCUCCCCUCCUUCACCUGCAUCCCACUGACUAGUCGUGUGGUUUGAUACAGCGCGACGCGAGCGGGCUUCACCGCGCAGGAUUACGACAACGCCGCCGCGUUUCUCAAGGACUAUCCGCAGCAGAAAUGGCAUGUAUGGAGCGUUCAGAAAGCCUUGUCAAUAGCCGUAAGUCGAAAAGGCUCGCCACACUUGAUAUAUCCAUCACGAGCUGCAUCUCAGCUUGUUUUGGCUUGGCUCGCCCAAACCGAUCGGGCGCCUCAGGCUGACUGGGGGCUGCUCUCCGCUCUGGACCCUUGCGCGUUCACCCCUUAGCAUCCCGAGGUGAGCAGUGUUAGUUCGCAUAGUUGGGUUGACUAAGCGAAAGACUGAACCGUUUCUCACGACCGCGAGCCAUCGCAGCAUACCCAGCAAUCGUGGCAUUCCCAUUGGCGAGCUUCGAACGGUGUAGGCGCGGCCGAAUUAUCCCAGCGCAUAAAGAAACUACGCGAAGCCGAGCGUCAGGCUAGAAAGAAAAGCACCUCGGCUGAUGCAAAGACAUCGUCUGUCGCAUCGACAUCGAAAACGACCGGAUCGGGGCCGAAGGGCGAUCCGGGCCCCUCGGAUUCGGACGACUCGGACGAUUCAGACGACUCUGAUGAUUCCGACGACGACAAGAGCAACAUGCAAGCCGCUAGCAAGACCAAGUACACCCGACAAGACCUGUACAACCUCAUUCGUGAGAUCCACACGGUAACCAAGUCCGGCGGUCUGAAAAGGGACAUUUACGUCAACCUCGCGACCAAGGCAAGUUCCGACUCGCCCUGGUGGGUCACGUCGCUGCCUUCCUUCGCAAGCUAAUCUUCCUUGUCCUGCGUCACCCGCCUUCGUUCGAUUGAGUAGUACCCCGUACACUCGGCGACUUCGUGGCAAACCUACCACCGAGACAACCGUGCCGAGGUCGAUAAGUGGGCCAAAAAUCUAAUCAGCGGCAAGAAGACGAGGAGCGACUUGCUCAAUUGGUUGAACAAACAAAUCGAGGCCGACAAGCACAGGAACCCAAUAUCGCAAGGGACGCAACGAGCAUCACCACCACCACCAUCUGCAGCACGAUCACGUACGAGCAACUCGUCUUUGACGCAACAGGAAGAGACAAAGCCUUUUGCCAACGUCGAUAGGAAGGGCAAAAAGCGGCAGGCGGCGCAGGGUCUCGAAACCGACUCUGACGAUGACGGCGACGCCAGGAGGGCGCGUCGAAAGAGCGAUCAAGCUCGGAGGAAAUCGACCGAGGAGACAGCGACACCGCUAGCAUCAACUGCAGCUUCGACAUCGAACACUGCAAACACCGCGGUGUUCACAGACGCCGACGAGCGAAUGUUGGUGCUGGAGCUGGCUGUCAUUGAGAAUGAGGACCGAGAGCGAUCCGAAGCGUGGCCCGCACUGGCAAAAAAGGUGACUCUCAUCUCGUCCCUAUUCCUGCACAGAGACCGAUGCUCAUCUACUUUUACUAUAUUUAGACUUCUCGACAUACCGCACAACGAUGGAAGGAGUACUUCACCACCAACAAGAUCCGAUUGCUUCCCCGAGUAACGAAUGCGGCGCGUGAUCUUAUGCUUGGCCGAAAACCGACGGUCGAGAAGGAAGCUGCACCGGAGCCAAUACCCACUUCAAGCAAGGCAGCAGCAGCAUCCUUACCGGCACUAGCACCAGAGCCGAUAGUAGCACUACCAGAUUCGGCACUCGGCAAGAGUGAACCCCAGAAGAGCGCCCUGCCAGCGACCAAGCCCCCCGGCAAACCGCUCGUGCCUUUGUCGUCUCUACACCUACCAGCAGCGGAAUCAGCAACACCAACUCUACCGGCGGUAGUAUCAGUAUCAACAUCAACACCAUCAUUAGCACUAGCUCCAGCUGCUCCAACAGUGGAGCAGCUGCAGAGUCCCGAUAUACCACCCGCAGCCACAACGAGUGCUCAGAGCCUUCCCGCAUCGGGACCGAAACAACGCGCACAGACACCCGAGGUCGAUGCUGUCGUCGCUACCUCGACCGCCUCCCCGAUGAAACUUUCGCAACCCAAAGAUACUACGAAAUCCACUUCUCUUAAGACUGCUUCAAUGCCCUCGCUCGAAACCCCCGUGCCUCAAGCAGAAGACUCGACCGGACGCCCCAAAACAACGACACCGGCAAUGUCCCCCACGAAGCAGGUCACGGUACUCACAGCGCCGGUAACACAACCGACGAAUGCGACGACUGAGGCAUCGCCUGAACUCGGAGGCUCGGAUACGGGACCUGCACCUGGCCCGACACAAGCGGGUCCGUCGACUCAAGCCAGGAUGGAUGAUCCCCAGCCCUCGCCUCCGACCCCGAGUGCCACUCCUCCUCCUUGUGUGCCGCAUGCCGAUUUCAGUAGAGACGUAUCUGGUGAUGCGCUGAUGGUAGCGUCGGAGGGCUCCCCGAGACGGCCGUCCCCUUUCCUCGGCGAAAGCCAAGAUUCGGUGCCUACUCUUUCCGCUCAGCUUGGUCCUGCACCUGCUGGCUCGACGACAACGGUUCAAGUUGUCGAAUUUGAAUUGACAAAGACGAAGUUGACCCAGACGACAGUGACGAAUGCUUCUAGUACUGCGGUCCCUAUGGAAGUCUUGUCACAGCUGCAGGACGAGGAUGAUCGAAGGAUGGACGCACAAUUGCAAGCUGCUGCUCUCAACGGCGUUCAUCGACCGCUCGUGCUGCUGGGGACGCCACAACCCGUAGCCGGGGUCAACUGGACGUCCACCACCGGUCCCAACUCGAGUACGAAACCGUUCGAGUCACAUCAAGCCGAGUACGACUUCCUCGAGACGUAUCUCGACUGGCGACAGGUCAACUGGUUCGACGACGCCGAGCAAAAGUUGGAGGAGAGGGAGAAAGCCAAGGCUGCGGUCGAGGAAAGGGAGAGGGAGAGGGUCCGGCUCGCUGCUGAGCAGAUGGUUCGAACGGCUCAGGAGAAGCAACGACGCGACGAACGGCUGAAAGCCCAGAAGGCGGCGGAAAAUAACCGACUGGUUGUGAAGACGAAUCGGGAAUACGAGGCGCGGAUCGCGGCGGAAGCGGCUCAGGAGAUGGCCUCCAGGGUCGCGGAUAUGGAGAGGAGGAAAGCGGCCGAGGAAGCUGCUGACGCGAAAAGGUCUUCUCCGAUGCCUCUGGCGAGGAGGGCGAGUCCGAUGUCUCAGCACCACAGCCCAGAUGCGAUGCGAUCUCCUUCCAUCUCAAGAUUUGGCGGCGAGCCGAUGUCAAGUCGCAAGAGACCGAGGGCAAGUCUGGAGCAGACCUCAUCGCGAAAUGUUACCCCACAACAUCAGCCGUCUUCUCAAAAUGGUACACCGAAACAGCACCCACCCUCACGUCUCCUACCGGAAGAAACAUCGAACGCAAAGCGUCAACGACUUUCGUCGACCCCCCGGCCCUCCCACAGCGGCCCCGCCCCUUGCGCCGCUACACCGCUGUCACCCAAAGUCAAGGUGGAAUCCGACCCGGUCGCAGAAACAUCUGGAGCCGACACCGGGCUAGAAUUGAAGGACAGCAUGAGGGUUUUCGCCAAGCGCUACGGCCUCAAGCAACGCCGCGCCUGCGAUUUGUAUUUCGCCAUCUCGGCCCCUCCUAACUAUGAAGGCCUCGAUCUCGCGUGCCAAUGGUUCACCCGAAGGAAGGACGGGACGUACCCUUUUCGACCUGGACCCGGGACGGAGGAUCAUGACCUGCUCAAGAGAUGGAUCGAGAAGAAUGCGUGGAGCUAUGAUGAUGAUGUCAUUGUUUUGGAUGGGACGCCUGAGGCGCAUGCGCAGAUUGAUCAGCGGAGGGGGAAACGUGCGGCGAGGUACAGGAGGCAGUUCUUAAACGAAUAUGGCGUCUUUUCCGUUAGGGACCUUGAGAAGCGAUGGCCGUUCCUUUGA